CAGUUCGUAACAUGACUUUGAAACGAUUCUACGCACACGUCGUCAUCGCCUCUCUGACAGCCGUCACUCUUGGCUACGUCGUACAAACUCCAAACAUAAGGAGAGAAGUUAAUAAAACCUCAAGAUACACUAAAGAAUCUCUUCUUAACUUCACGGAGCUUACCGCCAAAUAUGGAUACCUCUCCGAGGAACACAAAGUGCUCACAGACGACGGAUACAUCCUCACCAUGUUCCGGAUAGUGAAGGCCAGGAACUGCCACCGAGCGAAGAGAUCUCCCCCGGUGCUGCUGAUGCACGGCCUGCUGCAGAGCUCCGACUCCUGGAUAGACUCGGGGCCCGACGCUGGCCUGGCCUACCUCAUCUCCGACGCCUGCUACGACCUCUGGCUGGGCAACGUCAGGGGGAACUAUUACUCCCGGGGGCAUGUCCGCCUCGACCCUGACAAGGAUCCCGCUUACUGGAAGUUUUACAUCGAAGAGAUGGGAGUGUACGAUGUUCCAGCAACCAUCGACUACGUUCUAAAGCACACCAGGUCUGAGAAACUGAAUUACAUAGGUUUCUCUCAGGGAGCUGGGACUUUCUUUGUGAUGUGUUCUGAAAGACCGGGUUACUGUGAAAAGACUCAGCUCAUGAUUGGUCUAGCCCCAGCUGCCAGACAGUUUCACACUCAGUCCAAGAUAUACAGAACUUUGGUGCAGACCCUAGAAAAAAUGGAGAAUGCGUUAUCUGCGAACGGUGUGAUGGAAAUAUUUCCAAAGGGGGGACUUGUUCAGGAGUCGUCAUCAUUGUUCUGUCAGGUGUCGAAGCUGACGCAGAUGAUUUGUGAAGUGUUCCUCAAUCUGAUCGAUCACGUGGAGGCCCCUCACAUGGGGUCCAUUACUGACAAGACUAAGAAGGUGCUCUUCGGACACUUUCCUGCAGGAACGUCCUUGCAUAACAUGGCUCGCUACGGGCAGAGCAUGCACAGUGAUAGAUUCGAGAAGUUCAACUAUGGGAAGAAACGAAAUGUGAAGUUAUAUGGAAGUGAGAAGCCUCCGGAGUAUAACCUUAGUGCCACAACUGUGCCUGUGAUGGUGCUCUAUGGGAACAAUGAUGGAUAUGUGGAUACCAAAGACGUGAAGUGGCUGAUGGCUCGGCUGCCAAAUGUUCUGGAAUUUGUGAAGGUGGCCGACCCUCAGUGGAAUCAUAUGGAUGUGACUUACAGUCAGUAUACCAAGAAGUUAAUAUUUCCUAAGAUUAGUGAAUAUUUACUAAAAUAUUCGCGUGCGUAG